AUGGGGAAUCAUUUGCAAAAGAAGAUUGGCUCUGGAGAGGGAACUAGGCAAAGAUAUUCUAGAGUAUUUGUUCGAGGAAAAUGUGUGACAUUCUCUACAAGUGUGAUCAACAAGGUGCUGGGUAACUCAGAUGACCCUCAUCCUGACAUAGAAGUAUCUGACAAUGUGGUCUGCAAAACCAUCACAGCUGACAAAGUGAAAACCUGGCCAAAGAAGGAGAAGGUACCUGCAGUCAAGCUGACCCAAAAGUAUGCCAUUUUGAAUCGUAUUGCAUCUGUCAACUGGGUUCCUACUACACAUGCAUCCGAUAUUGCUACAAGUCUGGGUAAGCUCAUUUACAUGAUUGGUACUGGUGCAAAAUUUAAUGCUGGUCAAUAUAUCUUUAAUCAAGUUGUGCAGCAUGCUAAGACUUCUGUCACCAAGCAACCCAUUGCAUUUCCAACAUUGAUCUGUGACAUCAUCUUGUCCCAACAUCCUAAUAUAAGGCAUGAGGGUGAGUCUGCUAAGAAAAGGGCAACUCCUCUGGCCAUUCAUCAGAAGCUGUACAGUAAACAACAUGCUCCAGAUAUUAUUGGACCAUCAAAUGCUGUUAUUGAUACUCCUAUGACAAGGAAGGAGAUGAUUGCUAUGCUGGAAGCAAACUGUAAGGAGCUAGAUGAAAAGAAGUUGCAGUUUGAAAGGAUGAUACAUGCUCUCAGGGUUGAAGAGGCUGCAGCUCAAGCAGCUGAUGCAGGUGAUGAUGGUACUAGUGGUGAAGAAGAAGCUGACUCAGAUGCUGAAGGAGAAGAAAGUGAUUCCUCCCCAAGUGCUUCUGUGUAA